AUGGCUCAAACUUUAAUCAAAACAAAGCUGAAUUUAAUUCCUUUAAAAUACAAAUCAUGUGCUGUCGUUGUGGGCAAAACAGGAGUUGGUAAAUCAGUAUUGAUAGGUGGUCUCUGCAGAUCAAACGAAAACUUUCGAAACACUGUAGUGCAUGGCGAUGUUACAUUUUGUUUGAUCGAUUCACCUGGAAUCGAUACCUUAAGACAAACGCCCGAGAAUUGGAAUCUACUGCGAAAUGCCCUAACAGCAAAAUGUAUCAAUACAAUAUUUGUGAUUAUUAAAUAUGAUUUCAGUUUAGAACGAAUGCUCGAAGAUUUCAACGAGAUUCGAAGACUAAUGGGGAAAUUUUCUACGAGGUUCGUUGUAAUGGUGUCUCAUUGGGAUGCUGCACAGGAACCGAAUGAAGACUUUAGAAAAAUUUGCAGCUCAUUUGAGAACAUUUGUUCAAAUGUGAUAUUUUACUCGAUGGACAGUCCGAAGAAUGAUUUAGCAGGUUUAAUGUACGGUUGUAUCUGUCAUAUGUCAAGAGAUAAAUUAACAAUAUCCGACGAAGAAUUUUCAAAAUGGAAAGAGCAAUAUUAA